AUGAGGUAUCACGAGGUCGCCUUGCUCCUCGUUACCAUUUUGGCAGUUUUUGGUAAGUGGUUUUUCUCAACCUUGUACACUAUGUAUUGACUGAAUGAACGCGUUUUGAUUAACGUAGCUAUGGUUUUCGAAAACGAAAGUUUUGCUGGAAGAUUUUUGAAACUUUUUUAUGUCGAAAGUCUCCAGAAACAUAAAAUAAAGCAUUCGUUUCGAAUUUCAGCCUUCUACCCUUCGUCUGUCCAUGCUGAAGAUGAGCUGGACGAUACACCUACACUCAAAACGAAAGUGAACAGUGGAAAAGGAAAAGGAACAGACGAGGAUGUUGUGGCCAGGUAAAAUUUGAAAAUAUUGCUGUAGCUUUUCGCUCAUCUAUGCGAACUAAUAUUGCAUUCUCGUUUUUCAAUUUUUUUGAUUAUUUGUAAAACAGUUAUUGAAAUGAAGACCGUGUCUGCUUUCCUCAAGUUCAUAAAUUUCCUUUCCAUUCUGGUUUUGACAAAUUCGAGUGUUUUUUUUUUGCAAAAAAAAAACUAGCUUAUCUUCCUUUUUCCUGAUUUUCUCUUUGUUUUGUUUGCCGUGCCAGUCAGAGAGACGAACUAUGGCUUCACCUCUGUCUGCGUUUAUAUUAUUUGACGGGAGUCAGAUUUUCUUUUCCCUCUGUCUCUCUGGUCAGCACACUAUUUCGCUCUGCGCACAUAGGCGACUGUCCGUUGGUAUGUAUACUCGGUACCUGCCCGUUCCGCUUACUCAAACAUACUUCUUUCUCGGAGUGUGUCAACUAAAAAGGUCGCGGCGUCAUUAGGGAAAGACCGCACGGCAAAUAGAUUUUGUUUGGGGCACUCUUCACAAAAAUGAGAGAUAAAAGAUGGUGAAAUGGGCAGAAGAAUUUUAAGAAAGUUGGUCAAGGUCAACAGUUUUUGCGGUGAUUGUAAUUAAUUAUCGCUUGGUUGAAUGGAAAAUUGGUAGAAAAGACUCAAAACAGAAGCCAUGCAUUAGAAGGAUUAUAGAAUCCUUUCAAAAUAUGGGUUUAGCAAAAUUGUUUCGAGAUUAUUCUUGCAGAGAGGAGGAAUCGAUCAAGCUAGAUGGUUUGUCUGUAGCCCAGAUCAAAGAGCUUCGGGCGAAGGCCGAGAAGCAUGAGUUCCAGGCUGAGGUAUUAGUGAAUCCAAGAAAAUUUGAGUGAAAGUUUCAAUUUAGGUUAACCGCAUGAUGAAAUUGAUUAUCAACUCUCUUUACCGCAACAAAGAGAUCUUCCUUCGCGAGUUGAUUUCAAACGCAUCAGACGCUCUUGACAAGAUUCGCCUGCUCUCUCUCACGGACCCUGAUCAACUGAAAGAAACCGAUGAAAUGAGCAUUCGCAUUAAGGUAUCCAUUGGUUGAAAAUAGACGCUGGAACUGAGUUUCAGGCCGAUCGCGAGAACAAACUUUUGCACAUCACCGACACCGGUCUCGGUAUGACGCGUCAGGACCUCAUCAACAAUCUUGGAACCAUCGCUCGAUCUGGAACCUCGGAGUUUUUGUCGAAGCUGAUGGACUCGGCGACGUCUUCUGACCAACAGCAGGACCUUAUUGGACAGUUCGGUGUCGGUUUCUACUCUGCCUUCCUUGUCGCCGAUCGCGUCGUCGUCACUACAAAGAACAACGAAGAUGAUCAGUAUAUCUGGGAGUCUGACUCGGCUAGCUUCUCCAUCACCAAGGAUCCCCGAGGACCGACCCUCAAGCGCGGUACUCAGAUCACCCUUUAUCUAAAGGUAUCAGUUCUCCAGACAUUUUAAAAUAUCGAUGAACAUUUUUCAGGAUGAGGCAGCUGAUUUCCUUGAGCCUGACACCCUCAAGAACCUCGUUCACAAGUACUCGCAGUUCAUCAACUUCAACAUUUACCAGUGGCAGUCCAAGACCGAAACUGUGGAGGUAAAUUGACGUGUUUGAAUUAUACUCAUCGUGCGAAUUUGAGGAGCCAGUGGAGGAAGAGGCCCCGAAGGAGGAUGGCGCUGUCGAAGAAGAAAAGGAAGAAAAGAAGACAAAGAAGGUUGAAAAGACGACUUGGGACUGGGAACGCGUCAACAACGUGAAGCCGAUCUGGAUGCGCAAGCCAUCUCAGGUCGAGGACGAGGAAUACGAUGAAUUCUACAAAUCAAUCACUAAGGUUCGUUCUUUCGAAAAAUUUUACCAAAGUUAUCAUAAAAAACAGGACUCCGACAAGCCGCUGGCCCAUGUGCAUUUCAAUGCUGAAGGAGAAGUCUCUUUCCGCUCGAUUCUCUACGUCCCCAAGCGCUCUCCUAACGAUAUGUUCCAGGCAAACAUAUCUUUAGCCCAAACAUCUAAUAUUAUCAUUUCAGAACUACGGAAAGAUCAUUGAGAACAUUAAGUUGUACGUCCGCCGUGUGUUCAUCACCGACGACUUCGCCGACAUGAUGCCCAAAUACUUGUCUUUCAUCCGUGGUAUUGUUGAUUCUGACGAUUUGCCUCUCAACGUUUCUCGCGAAAAUCUUCAACAACACAAACUUCUCAAGGUUGUCCGUCUACUUUUGCUAAUAUAACUAAUUCUCUUACAGGUUAUCAAGAAAAAACUCGUCCGAAAAGUGCUCGACAUGCUCAAAAAGCUGGAUGGAGAGCAGUUUGAUGAGUUCUGGAAGGAGUUCAGCACCAACAUCAAGCUCGGAGUUAUGGAGGACCCUAGCAACCGUAUGCGUCUUGCUAAACUUUUGAGGUUUCUUGAAAAAUAAUUUAAUAGUUCAGCUUUUUUUUUUCAGAUUCCACUCUUCUCAAGACGAUGAAAAAGUGACGAGCUUGGCGGCUUACGUCGAGAGGAUGAAGGAUAAGCAAGACGCCAUCUACUACAUGGCUGGAACGUCUCGCAAGGAGGUUGCCUUUUUUCAAUUGCAAUCAAAUAAUGUUAAAUUGAAGGUCGAGACUUCUCCCUUCGUUGAACGACUUCUUGCCAAGGGCUACGAAGUUCUGUACUUGACUGAAGCUGUUGAUGAGUAUUGCAUCCAAGCCAUGCCUGAGUACGAAGGCAAAAAGUUCCAGAACGUUGCCAAGGUUUGUUAAUGAAAGAUACUCGGAGAAAGUUGUCGCAAAUGUGAGUAAUGGAAAAUAUUCUUCAGGAAGGUGUCAGCAUCGACGAUGGAGAGAAAGCGAAGGAGGCACACAAGGCUCUGGAAGAACAAUUCGCUCCUCUGACCACCUGGUUGAAGGAAACGGCCCUCAAGGUAGACACCAAGAUGUCUUUCUUUCCAAACGCUGUUUUAAGGACGUUGUGGAAAAAGCAGUUGUGUCCCAAAGACUGGUCAAGUCGCCUUCUGCCCUUGUUGCUUCGAGCUACGGCUGGUCAGGAAACAUGGAACGCAUCAUGAAGAGCCAGGCCUACGCCAAGGCCAAGGACCCUACUCAGGACUUCUAUGCGAACCAGAAGAAGACUUUCGAAAUCAACCCCCGUCAUCCAGUGGUGAAGGAGCUUCUGAAGCGAGUCGAAGCCAACAAGGAAGAUGCGACGGCCAUCAGUACGGCCAAGCUUCUUUUCGAGACGGCGACUCUUCGCUCCGGCUUCGCUUUGCAAGAUCAGGUACUUUAAGGAAGUUGUCAGGUAUUAGUGUUCCAUGCAUUAGGUCGGCUUCGCGGAACGCAUCGAGUCUAUCCUGCGCCAGUCUCUUGACGUGUCGGCAGACGCUCAAAUCGAGAAAGAGCCGGAGAUUGCGGAAACUGAGGAGACCGAAGAAGAAACUGCCACGAAAGAUGAAGUCGUCAUUGAGGAAGAACACUCCGAAUUGUAG